AUGACGCGAACAGAGCCCUCACAUAGCGCCUCGUCGUGGGAGACGAAAAGCAUCGCCGCCACCGACGAUGGCCACCGACUUGACUCGGUCGGCCAGGAUUCACGCCCCCGGGGCCGGAUUCGUCGGUCGAUGACUGCUUGCAAUACAUGUCGCAAGCUGAAGACUCGUUGUGAUCUUGAUCCUCGUGGCCACGCAUGCCGUCGCUGUCUUUCGCUCAGGCUCGAAUGUGAGCUGCCUGAAACUCCCGAUCGAUAUCAGGACAGUGCGUCCACCUGGUCGGAUGCCAAUGCCGCUAUUCCCUCCAUUGAGGAACGGCUUGUAUCUCUAGAGCGUGGUAUGGGCGAGAUGAUACAUCUCAUGCGACAAAUAGUUAAUCAGCCACCCACCGCGGGCAGUCCGAAUUUCCAGUCGCGAAAUAACAGUAUAGACGGUUCGACUGAUGCUGGAACGGGCUUUACCUUGAAACCCGUCCAGUUCAUUCGCGAUUUACAGAUUGAAUGCUUUGGCGAGAGGGAUCAAUUUCCUGCCGAAGGCGAACUCCUGGGGGAUGUUGUCUCCCAGGGAAUUGUAGAUGCUAAGUUAUCAUUGAAACUAAUCGAACUCUUUGUGGAUUAUUUCAGCCCCUGGGUCUCUAUAGAUCAUUCAUCAAAUAUUCAGCGGACAAAUCCCCUGCUUUUUAAUACUGCUUGUUUGCUUGCUUCCCGGUAUCUUCCGGGAAUGCCUCCAAAUACUACUCAUGAGAUCGCAAUUCAAGUGCAACAUGCGGUCACCAAAACACUGUGGAGAAAGUCUCCCUUGACUAACGACUUGCUCCAAGCCCUCGCGUUACUCUGUCUAUAUCCUACCUCUGGUCACAAAGAAGGGUUCAUGGAUGCCUGGUUGUUGAGCGGGAUCUCAAUUAACCAUGCCUUGACCUCCUUCACCUUUCUACACAGCCCACCCGCCAAGGGUGUGCUACCCAACGAGAUGCUUCCUCAAAUGCGUUUGUGGAACACAUUUUGUCUUACUCAUUUACAUUCUGCACUUGGAUACGGACGUACCGUCAACGUGCAAGCCCAAUAUUUCGACCACUGCUCUCGCAUCCUAGACCACCCCAGAGCCACCCCCGAAGACGGACGCAUUGUCGCCGAGAUCUCCUUAUAUCGAAUCUCCCUAAAGCUCCAAAAUAGCCCCCAACGCCUCCAAUUUGCCGAAGUCGAAUACGAAGAGCUCGAACGCUGGAAAAUGGAAUGGGCCCACCUCCUCUCAAGCGAAGGCCAAUCAACGCUCGAACUAAGCAUCUGGUUCUGCCAACUCCUCCUCCACAGAACAGCAACCCGAAUUCAAGACUCCGACCGCCUGGUGACCGAAAUCUGCAACAACGCCCGCCUAAUAAUUUCCCGCUCAAUGCAAACCCGCUUCUCCGCCGCACCGGGUCUAAUAGACCACGUCUAUUACAUCCUUGGCUAUGCCGCUCUAACACUAUGCGACUAUAACCCCUCUGAUCCGCUAAUCGACCAAGUCCGCGCAUUCCUCCUCCAUCUCGCUCCAAGCAGUGAUCACCUCUCCUACCGGAUCGCGUUCAUAGUCGGCGAAGUGCAGCGCCGAUAUUCUGAAGCUGCGACAGCUGAUCAAUCUUCGCCGACUGCUCUGAAGAGCGCUAUGUUCCCGCGCACAGAGAGCUUGGAUCUGACUCAGCUUAUGCCGGCUGCGGGUGGUAUGGAACCUGUUGUUGAUGGGUAUGGGGUUUUUGAUCAGAUGAUGCCGGCAUAUGGGCCGAGCCAGGGGUCUUUCUCGGGGCCGACACUGUUCCAGCAGCAUUCUGCCCCCGUUAUGGGUGGAGCUAUGCCUAUGGGCCUGGUGGCGAGGGCUCUUCAUGAUUAUUGA